AUGAGAAAUAAACACAUUUAUCUAAAAACAUUAUUAAUUUUAUUCGCUUUUAUAAUACAAAAUGAUUCAAUGGUUAAAGCACAAUUCGAACCUUUGGCAAAACUUUGGGGAGUAGAAAAUAAAAAAGUACCAGAGCUAUUAGACAGAGAGGCAAAAUUAAUUAUGAUAGAUGGUAAAUUACAACCAUUAUUAAAUAAUUUAUAUUUUGGAGGAACAUAUGUAGAUGUAAAGACGAAUAAAAUAAAUAUUAAUACGGUGGACCUAUCUAAGAUCGAAGAAGUGAGAAACUCUUCACAAAUAAAAGAAUAUAAAAAAUAUUUAAGAUUUAAGAAAGCAACAAACUCCUGGUCUCAAUUAAAUUCUACAUUCGUCCAAAUAGAUAAAUUAAUACAAAAAUUUAAUAUAAUUAAUAGCAUAAUUAGUAUCGAACCCGAAGUUAAUAAUGUUGUUAUAUAUUUAAAAGAUAAGAAUGAUCCAAAGAACAAAGAGUUUAUUAAAAGUGUUAAAAUUUUCAAACCGAAUAUAGUCUACUUAUCUAAAAAAGAAAAAAGAAAAGUGGUAUUAAAUUCAUUCGAAUCAUCCACUUUAUUAGAAAAGAGACAAAUCAAUACAAUUAUACUUGGCGGAGAUGAAAUUGUCAAUUGGUUUGGAUCUAAGCCUUUAAGAUGCAGUGCAG